AUGUUUCGCGCCCAGCAGAAUGCCUUCGACGAUGUUGUCGCCAAGGCGACCGACGAGAAUCUCACUUCCGAGAACUGGGAGUACAUUAUGGAUGUCUGCGACAAGGUUACGACCGAGGACAGUGGUGCCAAAGACGCCGUGGCGAGUAUGAUCAAGAGGCUGGCGCAUAGAAAUGCAAACGUUCAGUUAUAUACUCUAGAGCUUGCCAAUGCCCUUAGCCAAAAUUGCGGAGUCAAGAUGCAUCGAGAGCUUGCAUCAAGAGCCUUCACGGACGCCCUGCUACGGUUAGCCAACGAUCGAAAUACACACCAGCAAGUAAAAGCAAAGAUAUUGGAACGGAUGCAGGAAUGGGCAGAAAUGUUCAAGGACCCAGACCUAGGCAUCAUGAGGGACCAGUAUCAAAGGCUCAAGAGCCAAAAUCCCAACCUCCAUCCCCCUUCGGCCCCAUCAAAGAGCCGACUUACAGAUGUCGAUAGACAGAAGGAAGAAGAUGAACUACAAAUGGCCCUCAAAUUAUCAGUUCAAGACAAGGCUACACAAGCCCAGGCAAAAUCCUCCCAGCAGCAACCAAGUUCGUCUGGACCCUCACAAUCACAACCUGCUGCACAGCCACAAACAGUGCCAUCGGGAACAACUGCCGCAACAGUGUCCCGUGUUAGAGCGCUGUUCGAUUUCCAGGCCACCGAUCCAGACGAGUUAACGUUCCGAAAGGGUGAUAUCAUUGCAGUACUUGAAUCGGUCUACAAAGACUGGUGGAAGGGUUUCUUGAGAGGCCAGACCGGAAUUUUCCCUCUGAAUUAUGUCGAGAAGCUAGCCGAUCCAACAUCAGACGAGUUGCAAAGAGAAGCACAAAUGGAAGCGGAGGUUUUUGCUGAGAUAAAGAACGUGGAGAAACUGCUCACGCUACUGAGCACAUCAACCUCUGACUUGAACGUUCGUGAUAAUGAUGAGAUUACCAAACUUUAUCAUUCCACUUUAGCUAUUCGCCCAAAGCUCAUUGAGCUCAUUGGCAAAUACUCUCAGAGAAAGGAUGAUUUUACGCAGCUGAACGAGAGAUUCAUUAAAUCUUGCCGUGACUAUGAGAACCUCCUAGAUGCAUCAAUGACACAGGCCCAGCCAGCCUAUCAGUACGGUCGCCAAAACCAACCUUAUGGGGGUGGCUACCCGCCUCAAGCUGCCCCACCACAAUCAGAACCCCAAGGAUAUUACACUCCCAAUCCUCAAGAUCAACCUUACCCUCAACAACCCUCUUCCCCGCAAGGCUACCCACCUCAACCUCACCGCACCGGGCCUCAACCCUUCUACGUGGUUGGACAAAACCAACAGCACCCACAACAACCACCAUCUUCGUCUGAGCCUCAAGGGCAUCAGCCAUACCCGCAAAGAGACCCAACUCCCCGAAUCCCUUCAGGCUCAAAGCCUACCCCUCUCCAAACCACAGCUUCCCCUCCACCAAAUCAAUACCCUCCGCAUCAAGCACAAUCUAACCAGCGGCCUCAGAGCACGUACUCCAACAAUCCCCAAGAGCUUGCUACUUCUGCAUACGACUCUCCUGUAAAUCAACAAGGGCCUUAUAGUGCAUCGGUCUACUCAGAAGAGGAGCCAUAUUCCACCAACGCCAUCGGAAGCCAGCAACCACCACCUAGCCAGCAACAAUACAACGCUUACGCUCCGGCGCCCCUGAAUCCCCAUCAUCCUCCUCAACCGCAGCCCGGAUAUCAACCGCCUGCCCCCCCAGCAGGCACAAACCCAGGCUAUCCAGUCAUCGAUUCGCGACAAACGCUACCUAGCCAAGGAGCUCCUCCUCCUCCCCAGGGACAAUACAAAGCGUACCAAAGACCAGGCUCUCCCGACGGGACUGCGCCAUCUGCUCCAAGUGCGCCGCCUGGCGGCCCAGCCGAUUUCUAUAGACAGAGUGCAGCAUAUUAG